GGAACGCGCCCGGGCGCCGGAGCAGGACGGGAGAGCGCGAGAGAGAGAGUCGCGGAGGGGAGGAGAGGAUGCGCGCUGGCCGUUAAUACCGGGUUCACCGACCGUGUGCCGAGGCUCGGAUGUCCACAAACAACAUUUAUUCCUUUUUUUAGCUGCUGGACCGGAAACCGAACAGGUGUGAAGAUGGGAAACGGUUCCAUGAAAUCAAAGCGCUACAAACAUGCUGAUGGAUGUCCCGCUGCUUCCAACGGACGACCCUGCAAAGAUCAGGGCCUCAAGAACCUGGACCUGCUGAGGGCCCGGGUGGAGGAGCUGGAGCGAGAAGGCAAGAGGAAGGACGAGGAGCUCAGCGCCAGAGAUCAGCAGAUCCGAGGCCUCCAGGAGCAGCUGAGCCAGCAGAGCCGGGUCCUGGCCGAGCUGAGCGACGAGCUGCAGAACAAGUGCGUCCAGAUCAGCAAGCUGCAGGACGUGGUGAAGAGCGGCGCCUCGGCCGGCUUGGCUUCGAGGCCUCCUUCGGUCAAAGCCAGCGGGAAGAGCAGCCCCAACCUCAGUGUCCGGAUCAAGGAAACCAUCAACAGGAGGAAAGGAGCCAAAGCCGGAGUGUCGGCAGAACCAACAUCCAGAACGUACGACUCCAGCAGCCUCCCCAAGUUCUCCUUCGAGAAGGCUCGAGUAUCCAAGGACGCCAGCGUGAAGAAGCUGCUGACAGACGCCCUGAACAAGAACCAAUACCUGAAGAGGCUGGAGCUGCAGCAGAUCAAGGACAUGGUGGAGUGCAUGUACGAGCGCACGUACCAGCAGGGGGAAUACGUCAUCAAGCAGGGCGAGCCUGGAAACCAUCUGUUCGUCCUGGCAGAUGGGAAGCUGGACGUGUUUCAGCACAGCAAACAUCUGGCCUCCAUAACGGUGUGGACCACGUUUGGAGAAUUAGCCAUCCUCUACAACUGCACUCGGACGGCGUCUGUACGAGCGGUGAACAAAGUGAGGACGUGGGCUCUGGACCGGGAGGUGUUUCAGAACAUCAUGAGGAGGACGGCCGAGACGAGGCACGAACAGUACCGGAACUUCCUCAGAAGUGUUUCACUCUUGGCUAAUCUACCGGAGGACAAGCUAAGCAAAAUAGUGGACUGCCUGGAGGUGGAAUACUACGACAAAGGAGAGUACGUCAUCCGGGAGGGCGAGGAGGGCAGCACCUUCUACAUCAUCGCACAGGGAAAGGUGAAGGUGACCCAGACCACCGAAGGCCACAAGCUGCCGCAGAUCAUCAACACUCUGCAGAAGGGCGACUACUUCGGAGAGAAAGCGCUCAUAAGCGAUGACGUCAGGUCGGCCAACAUCAUCGCCGAUGAGAACGGGGUGGAGUGCCUCGUCAUCGACAGGGAGACAUUUGAUCAGACCGUGGGCACCUUCAACGAGCUGCAGAAGUACCUCCAAGGAUACGUGGCAACACUGGAUCGGGACGACAAGAAGAGGCACGCCAAGAGGUCGGUGUCGCGUCACCAGAGUCAGCCGCUGUCCGCAGACGUCAUCCACCUGAAAGAAAUGGUGUCGGCGUUUCCUCCGUCCAGGCCCUUCGAUCACCUGGAUGUUGUUGCGACUCUCGGGGUCGGUGGAUUCGGACGCGUAGAGCUGGUGAAGGUGAAAGGUGAAGACGUCACCUUUGCACUAAAGGUGAUCAAGAAGAAGCAUGUGGUGGACAACAGGCAGGAGGAGCACAUCCACUCGGAGAGGAAGAUCCUCGCUGAGGCUCGCUCGCCGUUCGUCGUCAAGCUUUAUCGUACUUUUAAGGAUAACAAAUACGUGUACAUGCUGCUGGAGGCCUGUCUGGGUGGAGAGAUCUGGAGUCUGCUCAGAGACAGGGGGAGCUUCGAUGAGCCGACGGCCAAAUUCUGCGUCGGUUGCGUCACAGAGGCUUUCGAUUACCUGCACCGUAAAGGAGUCCUGUACCGAGACCUGAAGCCGGAGAAUCUAAUGCUGGACAGUGAGGGGUACAUCAAACUGGUCGACUUUGGUUUCGCCAAGAAGAUCAGAUGUGGUCAGAAGACGUGGACGUUCUGCGGUACUCCUGAGUACGUCGCUCCAGAGAUCAUCCUCAACAAAGGGCACAACUUCAGCGUGGACUUCUGGUCUCUGGGCAUCCUGGUGUUUGAGCUUCUGACCGGCAGUCCUCCGUUCUCAGGAAGUGACCAGAUGAUGACGUACACGUUCAUCUUGAAAGGCAUCGAGAAGAUGGACUUCCCCAAGAAGAUCACUAAGAGACCCGAGGACCUCAUACGCAAACUAUGCAGGCGGAAUCCUUCGGAGCGACUCGGCAACCUCAAAAACGGAAUAACUGACAUCAAGAAGCACAGGUGGUUUAAUGGCUUCAACUGGGAGGGACUGAAGGCCAGAAGUUUACCGUCUCCACUGAAAAGAGACCUGACCGGACCAACGGACCACAGCUACUUCGACAGCUACCCUCCAGACGAGGAGAGUCCUCCUGAUGAGCUGUCUGGUUGGGACAUGGACUUCUGAGAACUUCUGCUCCACGUUUUCAUCGUUUUCCUUCCGUUUCUCGCCCAUAAUGACAGAAAAGUAAAGAGCAUAACGGGUUCUAGGGUGAUCUUACGUCUCCUGCAGGUCCUCAGGUUCUCCACAAUCAUUAAUUUAUGAACCUAAAAUCUAAAUAUUUCUCCUCCGAGCGACACUGCUGGUUGAUAUCUGGUUAGCACGUUAGCAUUAAAGCUAAAAUCCAGAAGAAAACAUUUCUCUACAUUCUGCUGCCGAGUCAUUCCAUGAAAAACCAGUCAAGAUCUCCCAUCUGACCUCCUCCCAAUCAGCUGAUUCUUCAUCUACAGCAACUUUAUUAUAUUUAAGGAAGCUCUGGAAUGUUUUACCUUCAUACUGUGAAUAUUUUCAGACUUACAGGCCCUCAAAGUACACAUUAGGAGGUUGAAAUGCCACUUUUCAAUCAUUUCUGAGCUUCAUAACCUCAUCAGUCCAGCAGAUAAACACAUGAAACUUUCUGGCAUCUUCUGUGUGUAAAAUGCUCCUUUCAUUGUCUAGAACUUGUUCUGACCAACCACGUAUCACACAUGCUGAUAUGAGCCUUGAAAGUUUACUCAGAAUGCACCUUUUUUUUUUGUAGUUUUUCUGUCUUUAGAUUGAAUUAUUCAGAAGUUGUUGACAGUUACUUAAAAACUUGUUCCAAAUGACACGAAAGUCAUCCAAAAUCACAUAAAAAGUUAAGCAAAAUUACUCAAUAUUGUUCAAAGUAACUUGUAAGUCAUCUGAAAUGACUUCAAAAUGGUUAAAAAUAACUAAAAAAAAAAGCAUCCAAAAGUUCUACAUUCAUAAUAUGAAGGUAAAACUAUACAUUGUUUCACUAAAUAUACUGAAGUUAUUGUAGAUUUUUUUAAAAAUCUGCGGAUUCUGCAGGGCUGAUGUGUGAACUCGUAAAAUAUUUGGUUGAUUUUGUGUAGAAAUGUGAGUGUUGCAGUGGAUAAACACUCACCUGACAGCUGCUACUGUUCCACCUGUGCAGAAUAAACCAGUAAAAACAGCCGUUAGCAAACCUUUAAACUGGGUUAAACAGAACCAGAGCUGCAUUAUUGUACACACAAAACUAAUUUCAGCUUCCCAAAGACGACUUUUCAGACUUAAUGUGGAGAAAACUGUAAAACAAAAACACCCAAACUCUGGAAACGACCGAGUGAAGCAGCUUCUAAAAGCAACAUUAGACGCUUUAUUGUGUUUGCUGGAGUUCUGAAAUGACUGAUUCCAGCUCCAGUUUUUGCUCAGUAAGGCUGCAGGGAUGAGAAAUGAUCACGUGUGGUGCAGAAACUCUGAUCCAGCUUCAUCUAUGACCGUCCUUUGUCUCAGAAUUAUGUUUUUACAUUCCUUAAUCAAUGUACACCCAUAAAAUAAUCGUCUGCAGGCUCAUGACGGCUCCAGAUGUGACGCUGCAGCUGCAAACUCUUUACUUCCUGCUGCUGAGUGGAUUAGAGCUCCUAUGUGCAGUUUGUUUAGAGGCAUGAAGGUGUGGAGGAGGAAGAUCUGCAGCAAGAAACCGGAGAAGGGAUUUUACAGCAUCAGGAGCUCCGACACCUUCAGCACAGAGGGAAUGUUUACCUUCUGGAAGCUGAAUGAGUUCCCAGCAUGCUUCAGGAGACGUGAGGAGGAGGAAAAAGCUUCAGGGUUUAACGACGAUGAGGAUCUUUAGGAGCUUAGGGAUGAAAAAUUACAGAAAAUUACUAAUAAAUGUUUCAAAAUUACUCAAAAAUGGUCAAAGAUUGUUGAAAAUUACUCAGAAAUGUUCCAGAAUUACUCAAAAACGUAGAAAUUUAGUCAAAAAUGUUUAAAACGUACUCAAAGAUGUUUCAACAUUAUUGAAAAAUUGUCAAAAUUUAGUCAAAAAUGUCUCAAAAUUACUCAAAUUGUCAACAAAUUACUUAAAUGUUUCAAAAUCAAUCAAAAUGGUCAAUUUAAAAAAAAUUUUUUUGAAAAAUGUUCAAAAAUUACUCAAGUGUUUCAAAAUUACUCAAAAAUGGUCAAAGAUAGUUGAAAAUUAUGUAGAAAUUUAGUCAAAAAUGUUUAAAACUUACUCCAAAUUGUCAAAAUGGUCAAUUUUUUAAAAAAAUGUGAAAAAUUGUCACAAAUGGUCAAAAAUUACUCAGAAAUGUUUCAAAAUUAAACAAAAAUGUUACAAAAUUACUCAAAAAUUGUCAGAAAUUGCUCAAAAAUGAUCAAAAUUAGUCAAAAUGUUUCAAAAUUACAGAAAAAUUGUAGAAAUUUUGUCAAAAAUGUUUUAAAAUUACAGAAAAGUUGUCAAAAAAAUUACUGACAUGUUUCAAAAUCAAUCAAAAGUGGUCAUAAAUUGUCAAAAAUUAUCCAAAAUAAUUCAACAAUUUUUCAAAAUUACUCAAAAAUGGUUCAGAGCUCUUUAAAAAUGAUCAAAAUUAGUCAAAAAUGUUUUCAUUAAUAAAAGCUAACACAUUAAAAUCUGUUUAGCGCUGAAUAAAUAGUGAAGUUGGCAUAAAAUGUACAUAAAAACUUGACAGAAAUCAAUUGCGGACAUUAUUUUAGAGUUUUGCCCCGUUUUUUAAUAGUUAACAUGUAAAUUACGAGGUUUUUGAAUUCUUUUCCAGGUUGUUAUUGAUAUUUCAACAAAAUAGGGCAUGUCCUAAUAAUAUAAAUCUAUCAAAUCUAUAAUAAAAUGAAAAAUGUUGAAAUUUUACAGUGAAGCUGGAGCUCUGUGGAGAGGAGGGUCAAUCAUUCAGGAUGUUAUUAGAACACCAAAGUCAGAGUUAUUUCCUGUUUCUACCGUCCGUCUGUCCGUCAGUCUCAGCAAACACAAACUGUACAUAAACUGUAAAUAUGGAGGAGACGCUGCUGUACAGAGUUAUUAUUAUUAUUAUUAUUCUGAUGAUGAUUUACGUUUUGGUAUAUUGAUCUUGUAUUCUGUUCAGACUGAGGAGGAAGUAAAUAAAUCUGGAGUAUUUUGC